CCCGCAACCCGCCUGGCCACCACUAGAGUCACUCCUCCUCCUCCUCCUUCUCUUUCUCUCCUCUUGGGGCUGAAAACACCAUCGCUCAUCCCGGGCUGUGACAUUUUCCAGCUUGUCGCCGUAUGCUGCUGCGCGGACAGCGAGCGCAGAGAGCCAAAAAGCAGGAGAGAGCAGGAGGGGGGAGGACGCCGCUAAGAGAAGCGCCGAGCAUCAUCUCCCAGCGAUCCGGAGCGAGAGGCGCACCAAGCGGAGAACGACGCGCUGCAGGAAGCCGCUGCUCCCCUUUCACCUCUCCUCAAUCCCGCACCGGACGCGGCCCGAACCGGACUGGAUAUUUACGUCUCGGAGCCCGGAUACAGAGAGGAAGGGAGGGGGGAAGGAUCGCUGGAGCACAGCCGAGCAGCGCAUCAUCCUCUCCGGUGUAGGUCUGGCUGUCGAGGCGCAUGGAGAAAAGGUAUGAAGAGCUGGUGCACUACUCAGGGUCGGAGGGCAUGCCGGUGGGGGGGUACGGAGAGGAUGUCAGGGCGCUUCCUCCGCCACAGUACGGCCCCGCCAUCCCUGACUCCCUCAAACACCACAAGGACCAGAUCUAUGGUCACCCACUCUUUCCACUGCUGGCCUUAGUGUUUGAGAAGUGUGAGCUGGCCACCUGCUCCCCUCGGGACUCUUCCUCCUCCCUCUCAGCCAACUCCCACCUCCCCGGGAUGGUCAACCACAGUGACGUCUGUUCCUCCGAAUCCUUCAAUGACGACAUCGCCGCCUUCGCCAAGCAGAUUCGCUCCGAGAAGCCGAUUUUUUCAUCCAAUCCUGAGCUGGACAACUUGAUGAUCCAGGCUAUACAGGUUCUUCGAUUUCAUUUACUGGAGCUAGAGAAGGUACACGACCUGUGUGAUAACUUCUGCCAUCGCUACAUCACCUGCCUGAAAGGAAAGAUGCCCACUGACCUCGUCCUGGAUGAGCGGGAGGGAGGCUCUAAGUCAGACAUGGAGGACUUUGGCGGAUCCUGCACUAGUUUGUCAGAGCAGAAUGCAUCGUGGUUACGAGAGCCAGAUGAAUGUGCCACUACGCCUCUGGGAACACCAGGCACCUGUGGUCUGCCCUCUCACAGCACAGGAGACAACUGCAGCGACGCAGGAGACGGUCUCGAUGGGGGAGUGGCCUCGCCCAGCACAGGGGAGGAGGACGAGAGCGACCGGGACAGGAGAAACAACAAGAAGAGGGGCAUCUUCCCCAAAGUGGCCACAAACAUCAUGAGAGCGUGGCUCUUCCAGCACCUGUCGCAUCCGUACCCAUCGGAGGAGCAGAAGAAGCAGCUGUCGCAGGACACGGGGCUGACCAUCUUACAGGUCAACAACUGGUUCAUAAACGCCCGGAGGAGAAUAGUUCAGCCGAUGAUUGACCAGUCAAACCGCUCAGGUCAGGGUGGUCCCUACAGUCCAGAAGGAGCAGCUCUAGGCGGGUACGGGCUCGACGGGCAGGCCCAUCUGGGGCUCCGAACGGCAGGUCUACCUGGAAUGUCCUCUCUUCAGGGUGACUACCCCGGCGCUCUGCUGUCUCAGCCGGGCUACCCUCCUCACCCCGGGGCCUCCCUCCACUCAUACCCUGGCCCGCACCCUCACCCCGCCAUGCUGCUCCACCCACCGCCGCAUGCACACCCCGCAGAGCCGCUCAUUGCCCAAGGACUGGACAUACAUGCGCACUAGCUGUCAGGGGAGCAUAGCCUGUGUGUGUGUGUGAAAGAAUGGAGGAUAUAUUACUGUAUAAAUGUGUGCAGAGCAAGUAUGGGUGUGCAAUGGCUGAUACCCUAUUCAAAGACAAACUGCUCCAAAAGUUUACAUUCCUCACUGAGAGACACUGACCUUAAUGUAGCCGAUCGACUGACAGAGACGCACACACACACGCAAACCUAAACAUCCGACCCACACACCCUGAGUCUGGACCCACAGGUUUAAGCCAUACCUCUCUGAGUAGAAGUGCUUCCUCCUCUUCAAAAGUCUCCACUGUGUCCUGUGGGUGAGACAUGCUUUAAACUACACUUCCCAUCAUGACUGCGGACCACAGGAUGACAGGAUCAACCCACGGAUGUUACUGAAUGGGACAUGUUCAUGCAUUUUCCUCAUUUUCCUCACAGCUCCCCCGUCUUCCUGCACACACUGACUGUCAGAAACAAACACACACACUUAAUUUAAGAUUUUUUUUGUGUGUUAUUUUUUUUUAUAUUUUUAUAUUUAUGUGUGCCACUCCAGGCAGAUGCAGCUUCACGUGAGUUUGUCGAAAAUGUUAGUGCUCUUCCUCGGCAUGAAGCUAAACACUCUGAAUGACUUCCAGUCUGCCUCGCUCUCGCACCACUGACCUCCUUAAGGCGCCAUGCAGCCGCCUGUUACCUUAGCUUUCUUCCAAGCACCCGAAACCCACUGAUAGAUGAAAGAACAGACACGCCACACGCACACUAACACAUCCAUAUGCAGAAGGAAUUCUGAGCAUCAAUGGUGCACCGUUAACUGUCACAGCUGUGUGAGACGGGAGCUGCAGCCAAAGGACUCUUCAGACAUUCGGCUCCUUCUCCGCUCUGCUUGGACCGUUGAUGAAUUUCUGAAUGAUGACGAUGGUGAAAAAAAAAACAAAAAAACAACUUAAAGUAU